UCAUUAAACUCCAUUUUACUUUCACGUGCCGUGUAAUCCCGUGACUCUGCACACGAGCCCCACCCCCAAAGUUGAUGGGUUGCAUGUGCUUGCUUUUAGUUGCAAUUGCAGUUGCAGCUAGCUAGCUCAAGUUGAUCUAAUACCAUGGCAGAAUUGAACAUAGGUUAUAAAGCUCUUGUGAGCUGUCAUGAAAAGCUGGUCUCUGAAAUUGCUCAAGACCCAAAGCAGAUGGCUAUCAUGCUAUUCCAGCAUCGUUUUAUUUCAGAAGAUACAAAAGCUAAAAUCAAUGAGCUAGACAGAACCAAAAGAGAUAAAGCUAUAUUGCUAGUGGAUGACAUUGAAAGCAAAGUUAAGUGUUAUCCAAAGUUCUAUGAAAAAUUUCUGCAGAUUCUCGGUGAAAACGAAUUGCUGUAUUGCGACCUUGUGAAGUCACUCCAAGAGAAGUAUGACGAAAAGAUCGAAGCAAAGUCUAAAGACGUUGCAGCAAGAUACGAGAAUGAUAAAAUGAGCCUGCUGCAACCAAUUCCUAUGUCAUCUUGGGUCAUGACUGAUGAAACUAAUUCAGGAAGCAAAAAGGAUAAGCUGUGUUAAGAAAAGCUGUUUUCUUGGAUUCAUCUCACUUUUGGCUCUGCUACCAGGCAUUUUAUAUUUAGUAUUUUACGAUGGCUCUUCACUCGUUGGUACUACAAUUGUGGCACAAAUUCACCGGAAAUCUGUACCACUGAUUAAAAAACUUGAUAAUCCAUCUGCUUUUGAUAGUCUUAGGUUCUCAGAACCAACCAACCGAACAUACUUAGUUCCCAUUAGUUUCUAUACAUUGAGGAAUUGCUCUUCAUUCAUAAACAUUGAGAUGAAUGAAACGAUGACUGUAAACUUUGACUCUCUGACUAACUAUGGCAAGGCUGUUACUGAGUUGUAUCUCCUUGGAAACACUACAUUGACAGUAGAUAUCACCACUGAAAUCGUCCCUAACUAUUUAACCGAUUAUUGUAUUGCAUUUCUCCUUGUUUUUGAUGAUUUUGAUAAGUUCUUGCACUUCACUUUAAACUCCUUUUUAGUUGAAGAUUUCUAUUACAAAGGAUGCAUUGAGAACAACAAAUCACAAGCUAUGAUCAUGACAUUUGACAAACCAUCGUACUACUAUAUCGGUGUGUAUACAGACAUUCCGAUUGAAGUUACUACUUUCUCUUUACACUUUCUCGGAACAUAUCUUCAAUACGACAUUUCAAAUGAGAAUGCUGGUUGCUCUAUAAACUCUCUUGAUAAUGUGAAAUGUGAUUUUUCUCUGAAUACCAACCAGCAAUUGCAAAGCUGUAUUGUUGGUUUCGUACUACCUGGUGUUGUGUUAUCUGGAAUACAAAGAACAACUGUAGACUUUUACACUGCUGUCGACUCACGAGCAGAAAUAGCAAUACCUUAUUUUUCUUUUAUAAUUCUCUGUCUAGGAUUUUUAUUUAUAAUCUAUUGUAUACAAAGUAGAUAUAAAAAGAGAUGUAAGUGUUUAAGUGUACUUUAACUGUCUGGCACUAUUUUAUGUAUUUAAUGUGUAUUACAAUUAAA